AUGGCCUCGGCCUUGUCAAUCCGCCUCGCGGCAGCAGCCCUUUUCGCCCUCUCAGUAACAGCACAGUCAUCACCCGCCAUGUCCAUUGAGUCCUUCAUUCGAGCAGCUGAUGAUGUUCUCCACCGACCAUACGUUUCCCUACUAUCAACACCGCUCGCUGAGCGCGAUGGGAACGCCACAGUCGAGCAGCUUCCCGCAGGAGAUGUCCCUCUGACAAAGGAUGGCUCGUUGAACAUGACGGCCUGGAACAUGGACACCAACGCUGCAUGCCGAGCAGUUCUCGGUGGACUGCACAAGAGCACAAACCCCUCUGGAACAUGCGUGUGCUAUAAUCUUCCCUCGCUCGAUGUCAAGACUGGUGUUUUUGAGGCUGAUGUUCGACUGUAUCAAGUUUCUCAACCCCGAGGUAGUUUUGCAGCUGUUGCACCUGAGGAUAUCAAUGUUGGAAUCUCAUAUCAGGGUGCAAGUGUCAUGCCCAUUCAGCCUGCGGACGUCAAUGGCACAGGUCUAACAGGCGGUAAGCCUGGUAUGGGAAAGAGACAAGAGGGAAUGCAACUCCUACAAUCAUAUAUGUUGGUUGGAAAGAUUGAUGCGGACAAGAUGACGGAUAACAUGACUAUGGACGAGCUCGAAUGCCAUAUCAUGCCAACCCUCACCCUCACUGCCCGCAAUAGCACAGGCAGUACCAUCCGCACCAACGUCUCCAUCAACGAGGCCGCUUUUCUCACCGGCGUCUUCUCCCAAGAUGUUGUCAUGUCCGACUUCGCCAUGGCCUCAGCCGCCGUCGACGAUCAGGUCGCCGCUCUCAACAACGGCACUGUCGCCUUUGUCCUCCCAGGCGUGCAGCUCAUGGUCCUCCCCAUUGGUCUUAUCAUGAUGAGCGUCUGGCUGCUCAUCUUCGUCUUGGCUGUUGGCUUUGGCACAUAUGAGCGCUACAACUAUGCUCUCAUGUAUAAACGCAGACAAGCUGUCACAAUACCCAAGAAGGCGACGAUAUGA